GUUUUCCUACGACAUCAUCAGGAAAGGUACACUAUGAAAUUACAAAUUUUGUGUAUGUGCCUUUUGGCAUUUGUUAACAACGUUUGGUGCCACGACGAAGUUCACGUUAAGAAUGGUAACCACACAACCAAAACCAGAGAAUCGAAUACAAGAAAACGGGGUGUCGGCCAUUACAACCCAAUGGGAUGGGGUGGCUACGGAGUGGGUUCGCACGGAGUUCCCACCACUCCGGUGCAAGGAUACGGAGUGUCGAACAUCCCGGUACAAGGUUACGGAGUGUCGAACUACCCAGUGCAAGCAUACGGAGUGUCUGCUGUGCCGGUGCAAGGAUACGCGGUGGUGCAGCAAUCUGAACGACCCGUACCGUAUCCAGUGCCGUAUCCGGUGACUUACGACCGACCAGUGCCGUACGACCGACCAGUGCCGUACCCGGUGUCGUACGACAGGCCGGUCCCGUACCCGGUGCAUGUGGACCGGCCACUUCCGUAUCCGGUGCAGGUUGACCGGCCGGUGCCGUAUCCGGUGCAGGUGGAGAAACCACUGCCGUAUCCGGUGCACGUGGACCGGCCAGUGCCGUACCCGGUUCAAGUGGAGAAGCCGUUGCCGUAUCCGGUGGACCGGCCGGUUCCAUACCCGGUGCAGGUGGAGAAACCGUUGCCGUACCCGGUGCACGUCGACCGGCCCGUGCCGUAUGCGGUGCACGUGCCCUACAAAGUGCCUGUACCGGUGGACCGACCAUACCCGGUGAAAGUGAACGUGCCCACGCCGUAUCCGGUAGACAGGCCGGUUCCGUAUCCCGUGCAGGUGGCCGUCAAGGUUCCGGUGGUGCAGCAAGUGCCGGUCGAGGUGUCUCGGCCUUAUCCCGUGCUGGUGCAGCAGCCCGCUUCGGUGGUGGUGCAACAGCAACCCGUACUGUGGCAAAAGGUGUCGUCGUCAUACCCGGUAUACACGACGGGCCAGCAACCGGUACAGUGGCAGAAGCAGCCUUCCUAUUACUCGUCUGUGGACAACAGCAAAAACUACAUCGGCAUGCCCGUGUACAACGGAGGUAACCAGGCCGGUUACCAGCGCGGUCAGUACCCGUCCGGUUACAGCAUCGGUGUAAACCACGCCCUGAUCGGGCUCGGCGUCGGCGGCCGGGGAGCGGGCGCGACCGGCACGUCAGGACCGACCGGCAUCAUCGGCGGAGCGGCGGGCAGCCUGUUGGGGGCGGCGUUCAACGUAAUGCAGGGGUUGAUGUCACCGGGUGGUAGCGUCACUGGUUACGCGGCCGGACACAACGACUAUCUGGGGCCCAAGACCACGGGAUUUUCGACUGUCAUCAACAAAUAAAAUAUUAUAUAAUGCGUACCGGGAGAGUGCGAUAGAACGGGCGGCACGAGGCGGUGCACGAUAUAACUAUAUAUAGUUCACGCCGUUGCUAUACAUACUUCGAUACCGUUUAUAUGGUAUUAUAUACAAUAAGACAAUACACAGACAUUUUUUUUGAUUAUUUUGUAUUUCUUCUUCACCCGAGCAGAGGCUUAUAACAUUAAUAUGUUGUUAUAUAAUAUCGAAAAUCGAUUUAUCGAUGCACAAUAAUUCACGCGCGCAUAUAAUAUUGUACACAAAUCCUAUAUGUCCUUCACCGCGUUGCAGGCGCGUUUAAAGUAUGCGUGGUCGGAGACCUCAGAAUAUCGAUAUGAUUCGUGGCGUUCGUCGAUGGAUCUACUGGCGCGUAUACAGGGGUCACAGCCCAUAGGUAUUAUAAUAAUAUCAUUAUUGUAUUAUUAUAUUCGUUACAUAAUAAUUAUUGCUGUAUCACUGCGUUUUAUAAAAUCACUCUCGAACUCGGCGGUCAUGAGUACCUCCGUGGCUCUACAGUAUAUAUUAUACGGCAUCACGAUUUUCGUCUACUUAACAUUUUUUUUUUUUUUUUUAAUCACAUUAAUGCGCAUUCCUCGGCACUACGCGAAGACA